AUGACGACUCUUCGAUAUGAUAUUAUUUGUUCUGUUUUAAUUUUGCUCCAUAUUUUAGUACACACCGAAGCAGCGUUGAAAGAUAUUUUGAAUGUUCAGCAUUUACCAGACACCAAGUUUGGUUCGAACGAGUAUUCUGAUGAUGAUAGAGAGUAUGCUGAUGUUGAUGAUAGGGAUAGAGAAUCUUUAGUACAACCAAAUAAUCAACAAAAUACAGAUCAUUUAUAUGUAAAAACUGAUAACCACUUUAGCAAAGAAGAAGUAGCAACUGCUGACCUUUUGAAUAAAAAUAUAGUAUGGGAUGCACAAUGGGGUGCACAAUUGAAAUUUACUCAAGCAUCAGCAGUUUCUAUGGAUCCAAAUGGCAAUAUUGCCAUAUUUCACAGAGGGAAUCGUGUUUGGGGCCCAGAUAGUUUUAAUAAUGAAAACAGAUUCGAUCCAAGUAAUGGGCCAAUAGCACAAAAUACAAUAAUACUCCUGGAUAAAAGGGGAAAGGUGAUAUCGGAGUGGGGAAAGAACAUGUUUUACCUCCCACAUGGUUUGACUAUUGAUCAACAUGGAAAUUAUUGGAUUACUGACGUAGCAAUGCAUCAGGUGUUUAAGUAUGAUGCCCAAGAUGUAAAGAGACACAUGGAAGAAUUGAAACUUGCACAGGCUAACUCAGAAAUAAGUGUGCCUAACAAUCGUGCCAGUGCAUUAUCCGAAAACAGCAUCCUAAACCCAUCGAUGACUUUGGGAGAGGCUUUUGUCCCUGGUAACGAUGAGACGAGAUUUUGUAAACCAACUGAUGUUGCUGUACAUAAUAAUGGUGACUUUUUCGUCAGUGAUGGAUACUGCAACUCUAGGAUAAUUAAAUAUAAUAAAAAUGGCGAAUUAAUUCUAGAAUGGGGACGACAUUGGGGCGUUAAAGGAUCUGCCUAUUCGCAAUUGCCUCCACCGUAUGCGUUUCUCGUCGCGCACGCUUUAGCACUCGCGAGUGAAUUAAAUUUUAUUUAUCUCGCUGAUAGAGAAAAUGGCAGGAUAUUGUGCUUCUUUGCCAAUAAUGGUACAUUCCAUAAAGAAUACAGACAUCCUGCUAUUGGUACAAAAAUUUACAGUGUUGCUUAUGCGCGAGAAAAGUUAUAUCUAAUUAAUGGACCUGAUCCAUUUAUAAGUAAUCCAGCACCAGUAAGAGGCUUUGUACUUGAUAUUUAUUCUGGAAAAUUACUAUCAAUGUUUGAACCCAAGAAAAAUAUGGAUAAUCCACAUAACAUGCAUGUAACAGAGGAUGGCUCAGAGAUAUAUGUAGUGGAAUUAAAUAAUAAGAAAGUUUACAGAUUUUUACAAGGAGUAAACAGUUCACAGUCUACUAAAUGGCAUCGAUCUAAGAUUUUAGUAUAUCCUGAUAUUAAAGAUACUGAUAUUAAAAAGACUAAUGCAACAAAAUUGAUGCUGGGCCUUGGUUCAGCAGCAGUUUCCUUUAUUACAAUAUGCAUUGCAGUUGCUGCCAUUGUGGCGAGAUGUCAAAAACGAGGAUGUCUACUCACGAUGCGUAAGAGGAUGCGUUGGGAGGCCGAGAGACGGGAGAACUUCAAGCUAUCGAGCCUGCUGGAGAAUCGCCGCGGCAGGGGGUUCAAGUUCCUGGAGAAACGGCCGAACUCGCGCGAUUUCAGCAAGCUGAGCACGGAGCCGGAGACGUCGGAGGACGAGCGUCCCGAGAACAGCCUCGCAAGGGUGAUUUAAGGACGCGAAUAAUGUUGUGUCGUCCCGUCGCGCAAACAGUAUUACGAGAACGAAACGAGAGAGAAAGUCUCGCGCCGCGAAUCGCCCAUCAACAUACGACGUACGACACGAUCGCGCGAUGGGGGGCGAACUACGCCGACGCGUCCGUUCGAGUUCGAAUUCUUGAAUGUUCGCGCUGCCGAGCGCCACCGAGCCGACCCGAACUCGACCAACGGUAUGCGCGACGGUACGACGCGCGACGUCACCGGUAUCUUACCGACUAGCGAAUAUACAGCUGCUUAACAUUACCAUUUAUUUCUAGUCUAAUUAGAGAUGAAAAUAACCGGAAAAAUGGAUAAAAUUUUGAAGGAAAACUCAAUGAGGAAAACACUUUCUUCUUUUCAGAUGUGAUUUCCUUCAUUUCAUGUCGUUAAUAUGGUUGUUCUAAAAAUCAGUUUUUGCAUUCAUCCAAAAAAUUUCUGUGUAAAGAAUAAAAAAAAAUAGUACAAGUCCCGAUGGCCAUGCAUAUAUUUAGAUGAUUUUCGAAAGUGAGAACUGAAUUCAAAUCUUGUUAUUUAAAAUAAACAGCUCUUUUGUGUUUAUUUAAUUUAUUAUGAAUUUAAGAAUUUCUAGUGAACAUAAAAGGAUACAAUCAGAGAUAUAAAAUCUUUUUAUUUAUUAAUGAAAAGGCGUGAUUAAUUCAAAAUAUACAUAUAACUGUAACAAUGCAUCAAACCAUCUUAAUUUAAAAUUAUACAAAUACGAAAAAAUAAUAAUGAAAUAACGCAAUUUAUAUAGAAUAUUUCAACUAUAAUAAAUAUCAAGAAAAAUAAAUUCUUUAUCUUUUUUCAAUAUUUUGGUAAAAAAUUUUUUUCACAAAAAUUGAUUUUAUUCCAGGGGGUAAAAAGAAUCUGUUUUUCAUCUCUAAUUUUAAUUUAUUCCAUUAUAGAGAGGGCUCGAUAAAAAAAGAAACAAAAAAAGUACUUGCCAUGUUACAUGAUACUUAAUGCACACUUUAGACAUUUGUAGACUAUGCAUUUUUUUCUUUGAAACAUUUUGUCAGCUAGUUGCAUAUAACAUUUAUAUAUUGUAUUAUAUUUUUUUGUCGAAUUGUUAUAUGUUUUCGGUGACUAACAAUAAGUCUCUCAAUUAUGACCAUCCUACAAAACAAACAUAUAUUAAGUUUCUCUCACUCAAUUCAGAAGUUAAAAAUCUAUUUUAAACUAAUUAUUAUUGUUCAAUUAAAAUUGUAAUUAAGAAAUUAAUCAAUUGAUUAAGAAUUCAAUCAAGUCAUCUCAUUGAUCUAGAAGUCAUUAAAAAAUUUUAAUAAUUUUAAUGAUACACAAUAUCAAUAUCGUUUAUCAGAUUAAAAAAAAAUCUAUAAAAGUAUAAAAAAAGAUAUCUUGCUUACACAUGACAUUUUUAGAGAAUCAAUAAAAUGGUAAUGUUAAUGAGGCUUGAAUAUAUUUUAUAAAUAAGUACUUAUAAUUAUAUUCUUAAUCAUUGAUUCAAAUUAAGUUUCAAGUGAUGUCAUCAUAAUCUAGUCAAAAGCUAGUCGUUACCCGAGAUAAUAGUUUUUUGUAUUUGGGAUAGGAAUAAACAAAACUAGAUUUGUUAUUGUUAGCCGUACUUACACAUGUGCUUCUGUAUAUUUUCUUUCUGCUUCCAAAAAUAUAAAAUAAUACCUAUUUUAGUGUAAAAUGUUUUAGUAAACUUAAAAAGAUUUUGUCUUCGUACACUUGUCACUUUUGAAUAUUUUUAUGAAUUUGAAAGCUACAUGGAUUUUCUCUUAAAAGAAAAAAAAAAAAAACAAAUCAGUCUAAAAAUUAUUAAUUUAGACACUUCAACCUGGAUUUCUCGUAGACAGAUAAAUAAUAAUGGACUUAUCGAUCGAUUUUGGAAGAGACAUAAAUUACACGAACGCUUCUCUCAAUUCAUAAUUUUCUUAAUUUACGGAAUGUGAAUUGAGUUAAUUAGACGUUAAUAACAAUGUAUCAUGAAUCUUUAAGUUUGCAACAUGCAGAAAGGCACAGAAAUGAAAUUUAUUUUGAUUGAAAAUAUUCUUCAUAAUUAUGUUCAGCUCAAGUAUUUUAUUUGUCGAUAACUCAGCCGCCAAAAACAAUUGAACAAUAACAGUCUACUGGGAUAAUGUCCAUGUGAAUACACAUUUCUAUUGAAAUUUUAAACAACCAGCAUUUUUAAUGAUCAUAGAUCGUGUAAGUUCACCGUGAUACUAUAUCCUUCAUACUCGAGAGAAACAAUACAAAAAA